AUGGAAUUGAACUCGGUGAACUUUCCUUCUUACCUAGGAGAGGUCCUCCAUGACCUCUCCUGCAGCUGUUUCGUUUCGAUCGACCUCGAAUUCUCAGGUAUCCCACUCGCUCCAGGCAGCCAAUCCACUGGUGAACAGUCGCUAGAAGAGCGAUAUGCCGACAACAAAGUCGCGGCAGAAAAAUACCAGGUGCUUCAGUUAGGUUUAACGAUGUGUCGGGAAAAUGUCAUAGAUGCAACGUACACUCUCAAGCCUUACAACAUCGACUUGAGUCCAUUUGUGGACCGGAUGCUGGAUGUGAAUCGUGACUGGGUAUCAAUGAGCUGGGCGAUGGAGUUUUUGGUCAACAACAGCUUCAGUAUCGAUAACGCAUGCAAGAACGGCGUGCGUUAUCUGUCUCGACAAGAAGAGGCUCAGGCCUUAGAGUUAGCUGAGCAGAGGUACAGUCUCGAAGGAUCAAAGCGCUCAAUCGAGGUGAAAGAAACCGACAAGGAGUCUCUCGAGUUCCUCAAUUCCGUGCGAGGUCAGAUCAACAGAUGGUUAUCGCAGCCAAAGAAACAAAGCAAGGAUUAUCUCAACAUCCCAUCGUUGUCGGGUUUUAGAUCGCAGGGGCGGACUUUGACCAGCAUGGAAAGGCGGUUCGUACACCAACUUGUCACCGCAGAAUAUCCAAGCCUCAAAUCAAAAAGCAAGUCGAAUUUCGUUCAAAUUGAAUUUGCCGACCCAGAACGUGACAAGAGAAAUCAGAUCAAAAAGCUGAAUGUGCUUAAGCAAACCAUUCGCAAGCAUGUGGGAUGUCGAUGGAUCAUUGAAGCACUAAUGGGAGGAGAUCUCACAGGCAUUGAAGAACAAUCAUUCAAACACCUCAUGGGCAAACCCGAUGACAUCUCUUACACAAUGGCAGAGCUUGUGAGCCGGGUAAAAUGUCGUCUUAAGAAGAACCGGCCAAUCUUGGUUGGACACAACUGCUUCUUGGAUUUGAUGUUCUUGUAUCGAAGUUUUAUCGGCCCUUUGCCGGAUACAUUUGGGGAAUUCCAGACCUUGAUUCACGCUGCUUUCCCAAUGGUCAUUGACACGAAAUACCUUGCAACUCACGAUGCCGGAUCUAUCAACCCCAAGUCCUCUCUGGAAGACAUCAAUCGUGGAUUGGCAAAUGUGACGGUUCCCACUAUCAACAUUGAUCCCUCACAUUCAAAGUACUUCUUCCGUCAGACUUGUCAUGAAGCAGGCUAUGAUAGCAUGAUGGCUGCCUUUGCAUUCAUAAAACUGUCUAGCCAGUUGCAACGCGGCAAGGUCGAAUUUUCCUCAACAGCAAAGACUGACGACAUCACGUUCACGAUGGCAAAGGAGAUGCCUCUUGCGAAGCAAGUUGCAGAGCAGAUGGAGAAAGAUAGAAUUGCUGCUGAGGACGAUUCCGAUGAUUUGAUUGAACUUAGCGAUAGUGGCAGUGGGCAGUCGGGUCAGGGACCACCGCGUCCACCCCCUCUGACCGAGACUGAAUGUCCUGAUGUCACCAGCAAGGUCUCUCAAGGUCAAUUGAUACCUCGUCUGGGCAGCGAAUUCUGGCAGAUCUACGGGAACAAAUUGCGAGUGUUUGGUACAGUGGAACGAGCCGUAUGGCUGGCCGGUGCAAUGCCAUAG